CGGUACCGCCUCCUUCUUUUCCUCCUGCCCGUCCGUCCUCCUGGGGGCAAAGAGCAGCAGGCAGUUUGGGUCUGGACGAACGUGCGGACUCCAGCCAUGGCCGGGGCUGGAUUUGAGUCGCUGGAGCAGUGCUUGGAGAAGCAUCUGCCACUCGCAGACCUGCAGGAGGUCAAACGCAUUCUCUAUGGCAAAGAGACCAGGAAGCUCGACCUGCCCAGCGGGGCUUUUGAAGCCGCCUCCAGAGGAGACUUUGAGCUGCAGGGCUGUGCCUUUGAGGCCACGUUGGAGCAGCAGAGGCGGCCCCGGACCGUGCGCGUGGGGCUCGUUCAGAACAGGAUCCCCCUCCCUGCGGACAGCCCAGUGGUGAAACAGGUCACUGCCCUGCACAGACGCAUCGAGGCCAUCGUAGAGGUGGCUGCCAUGUGUGGAGUCAACAUCAUCUGUUUCCAGGAAGCGUGGACUAUGCCCUUUGCUUUCUGUACGAGAGAGAAGCUCCCGUGGACGGAAUUUGCCGAGUCAGCGGAGGACGGGCCCACCACCAAGUUCUGUCAGGAGCUGGCGAGGAAGCACGACAUGGUGGUGCUAUCCCCGAUCCUGGAGCGAGAUGUGGAGCACGGGGACGUCCUGUGGAACACGGCCGUGGUGAUCUCCAACUCUGGAGCGGUCCUGGGCAAGACGAGGAAAAACCACAUCCCCAGGGUGGGCGACUUCAACGAGUCCACUUACUACAUGGAGGGAAACCUGGGCCACCCCGUGUUCCAGACUCAGUUCGGGAGGAUUGCUGUGAACAUUUGCUACGGGCGGCACCACCCCCUCAACUGGCUCAUGUACAGCAUCAACGGGGCCGAAAUCAUCUUCAACCCCUCGGCCACCAUUGGAGCGCUCAGUGAGUCCCUGUGGCCAGUCGAGGCCAGAAACGCAGCCAUCGCCAACCACUGCUUCACUUGUGCCAUCAACCGGGUGGGCGAGGAGCACUUCCCAAACGCGUUCACCUCUGGGGAUGGCAGGAAAGCUCACCGGGACUUCGGCUACUUUUAUGGCUCGAGCUACGUGGCGGCCCCUGAUGGCAGCCGCACCCCCGGGCUCUCCCGCAACCGGGACGGGCUGCUGGUCGCCGAGCUCGACCUCAACCUCUGCCGGCAAGUGAAUGACAUCUGGGGCUUCAAGAUGACGGGCAGGUACGAGAUGUACGCACGGGAGCUUGCUGAAGCUGUCCAACCCAACUACAGCCCCAAGAUCCUGAGAGAGUAGCGGCCUUCAGCCCCUGCCCAGCAAGGAGGGCACCUCUGCCCACCGCAGAUCAGCCAGGGCGCCGGGCUCUGGUGUCCAGAUUCUCCCUCCUGACACCCUGAUAGGGCUGCUGCCCAGACUGGCUUUAAAGUGCCUGGGUGGGGAGGCUUGAUUGAGUACCAGGUUUCCUUCCGGGGUGAUGAAAAUGCUUUGGGACUGGAUAGAGGGGAUGGCUAUUCAGCAUUGUGAAUGUACCAAAUCCACUGAAUUGUUCACUUUGAAAUGAUGAAACUUUAAGUGAAUUUUAGAAAUUCAGUUAAAGACAGCCCCCAGGGACUUCCCUUGUGGUCCUGUGGCUGAGACUCCAUGGUCCCAAUGCAGGGAGCCAGGGUUCAAUCCCUGGUCAGGGAACUAGAUCUCACACGCGGCAACGAAGAUCCCACCUGUCACAACUAAAACCCGAUGCAGCCAAAUAAGUAAAUAAAUAUUUUUUAAAAUAAAUAAAGACAUUCCCAGGCACCAAUCAUGCAGGUUGGUUUGACGCUACAUGGGUGGGAGGCCCCAGUCCUGAGUUUCUCUGCUUCUCCGUUUAGACUGGCAGCAGCUCAAAGGUCAGCAUGGGAGUGUAUGCACUGGAGGGCGGUGAGGCUGACCAGAGUCACUGAGCCACCGGGCGGCUGCGGGCAGGGGGACGGGCAUUGGAAGAGUCAUCUUGGCUGCAGUCUCCGCUUAGAUGCUCAUCUGGGCGUUGCUGUGAAGGUAUUUAGUCAAUGUGAUUAAAGCCCGUAGCCAGUUAACCAAGCAAGUGAGAUUAUCCUAGAUAAUCCGGGUAGGCCUGAUUGAAUCCGUCGAAAGGCCCUGAGAGCAGAGCUGAGGUUCCCGGAUGCAGAAGGGGUUCUGUGUGUGCAUAGCUGCCUCAGCCCAGGCUCGAGCGUUCCCGUCUGCCCUUCCUGACGGGCUGCCCUCCAGAUUUCAGGGUUGUCUAUCCAGACCCCACAAACACUGAAAUCAGUUCCUUGCAAUGAAUUCCUUAAUAUCUAUCCUACCGU